UGCCGGCGUCAUGGCGCUGCUGGCCGCCGCCGCCGUCACGGGGCCGGGCCGCCGCCGGCGGCUGGGCGCGCUGGGGCCGCUGGCGCUGCUCGGCGCCCUGCUGGUGCUGCUGGCGCUGAACGGCGCGCCGCCGCCGCCGCCGCUGGCCGUUCGGCAUGGCCGCCACCUGCUGCAGCAGGAGCAGGAGCCGGACACGUCGCCGGCGCCCGGCGCAGACGAGGAGGAGGACAACCUCUUCCCGAACGACCUGUUCACCAAGGAGCAGCGUCGCACGGGCGCCAUCAUCCUGCACGUGCUCGGCAUGAUCUACAUGUUCGUGGCGCUGGCCAUCGUCUGCGACGAGUUCUUCGUGCCCUCGCUGGACGUCAUCACGGAGAAGCUCAACAUCAGCAACGAUGUAGCCGGCGCCACCUUUAUGGCCGCCGGAGGAUCGGCGCCCGAGCUGUUCACCAGCGUCAUCGGCGUGUUCAUCGCCAAGAACGACGUCGGCAUCGGCACCAUCGUGGGCUCUGCCGUGUUCAACAUCCUGUUUGUGAUCGCGAUGUGCGUCAUCUUCAGCCGGACGGUGCUGGAGCUCACGUGGUGGCCGCUCUUCCGCGACGUCUCCUUCUACGGCGUGGCGCUGGUGAUGCUCAUGGGGUUCCUGCUGGACGCCCAGGUCAACUGGGUGGAGGCGCUGAUUCUGUUCAUGUGGUACAUCGUCUACUGCAUCUUCAUGAAGUACAACGCGCACAUCGAGCGCCUGGUGAAGACCCACCUGGUCGGCAAGCGAGUCAGCCGGGUCCGCAGCACCGACCACCUGGUCGCCAACCCGGGCAGCCAGCAGGGUCUGACGCGCCGGCCGAGCACCCCCAUCAUCCACUCGGGCUCCAAGUUCCGCCAGGGCCUGCUGCAGCUCAUGAUUCACUCCAUUGACCCAAUGCACAACGGAAAAGUUGACGAGAAGGCAACGCAGCUUCAUGCCAUUGCGUCUCUGAAAGUGCUGCUUGAUACAACAAAACAAGACUUGAAGGAUGGAAAACUUCAGGUGUCCGACAUUGAGCAGACGCGGCCGGACCUGCUGCGUGGCGGAGGCUCUCAGGAAACAGAGCUCACCAAUGUCGACUCGUUCAACUCGUCGACCGAGUUUGGCUCGGCCAGCGUGAACGCCAUCACGGCCGCCAACGGUUCCGUGACGCCCGCCAUCCAGACGCCAAACGCGUCCCUGGCCCGUUCGCCCUCGGUCGGCAGCAGUUAUCUGUCGGCCACGUGCGCCACCAGUCUGACGUCCACCGGGCAACUGGGCCCCGGUGGCGGUCCGCUGCCGCCGGCCGCCGCCGCCGCCGGCUCCUCCUCUCAGUCGGCACAGGAGCCGACUAUUCUGGAGGACGAGGAGGAGCACAAGCCGAUAGACCUGAGCUGGCCAGACACCACGCGCAAGCGGAUCGUCUACGUGCUAGUGGCGCCCAUCGUCUUCUCGCUGUGGAUCACACUGCCCGACUGCAAGUCGCCCAGAGGUCGGAGGUUCUUCUUUAUCGCGUUCGUGGGCAGCAUCAUCUGGAUCGCGCUGUUCUCCUAUCUGAUGGUGUGGUGGGCGUCCACCGUCUCCUCGACAAUGAUGAUACCGCCAGAGGUGGUGGGGCUGACCAUCCUGGCAGCGGGCACAUCGGUUCCGGACCUCAUCACCAGUGUCAUCGUGGCCAGGAAGGGGUUCGGCGACAUGGCCGUGUCCUCUUCAGUGGGCAGCAACAUCUUCGACGUCUGCGUCGGGCUGCCCGUGCCGUGGCUGCUGGACGCCCUGGCCAAGACCAUCGGCCAGCUGGCGCGUAACGAGCCCAUCAACCUGAUGCCGGCCGAGGUGAAGUCGGAGGGCAUGGCCUGCAACAUUCUCUGCCUCUUCCUCAUGCUCAUGUUCGUCAUCAUCAGCAUCGCCUGCUUCCGCUGGCGCAUGAACAAGGGCCUGGGCAUGGCAAUGUUUGUGCUCUACUUCAUUUUCCUGGCGGUGGCGCUGAACCUCGAGUUCAAGACCAUCAAGUGUGACUGGUUGUAGUGGGGACGCCGCCUGUGCAGGUAUCGGCGCUGGGUCCGCGGACCUCUGCCGCCGCCGGUCGGGACUGCGGGUCAGUGCCCGACCUUCUGUCCUCGGCUCUGUGUCAGCGGAGGGAGUGUUUCCUCGGCUCUGCGGCCGGGCCCGGCUCGCUCCGACCGGGCCUGUCAGGGCAGGACCGGGCAGUGUUCAUCGGCUACCUGCAGGAGGCCAGCUCUAUAAUGCUGGAGUCAAGAUCCUACGGAGCACUGUGCUCAGGUCACGGCUGAUCACGGCUUUAUUUAUUGGAUGUCCUUGACCGGGCGCAAGCUCGUUGUGUUUGAAUUAUUGGUGAUUGUGUGCUGGUGCCGCCAGUGUCUCCAGUCCACUGGUGACAGACUGGUGCCGGUGAUCGCCAGUCUACUCUGUGCAGCCGCCCCUAGCCAGCGCCGGGACGUCAGCGGUUGCGAGUGGUGCAGACGCGGUUCCAAGAGGUCAGUUUUCCGAGCAGCUGCCGCCGGGCUCCCUCGCCUCGCCACCGGCCGCUGCGCCGUCAGCCCGUCAGAUCCAUCGUAUCCCCUGAUCAUUACAUGCACAUUCUGCUGAAGGCUUAAUGUCAGAAAAAUAUUUCCACUGAUACCGCAUCUCCGCAUUAGCGUCGCCAUUCCGCCGCCGUCACUGUUUUUUUUUUUCUGAGGCAAAAGUAACGCUUGGUUAGCCAGCCUGCUGUAAUAUCCCGGUAGGCCCCCGGGUAAGUGAGUUACCGGCAGGUUAGCAGAGGGAUUGCCAUGCCGAGUGGCGUGGCGGCUCACUCUACCGCCUGAGCUCACGGCCGCUGAGCCCUCGAGUGGCCCCGGAAGGUAGCCGGAGCCAGCCAGCGCCGCUGUGUUGUGCCCGUUGCCAUGACGACGGGCGCCUUCUGAGCGGCGCCGAGUGUCGAGCACCGCGGCCGCGGUCGGUGGCCGGCCCGGCGGAGCGAGUCGAUAUGGAGCCGGUCUCGGGGCGACACGGCCGGUCCGGAGCCGGAGCCGGACGACCGCCGCUGUCCGGAGCGGCUCGGCCGGGCCGGGGAGCUGCGGAUGCUGAGGGCGAGGAUAUGUAGAGACCGGUGACGGGUCGGCGACGGACGGCGGCCGGCGGGAAGUAGCUUUUCAGUUUUCAAUGCCCGCGACAUAAAAUAUUCCAAAUGGUCUGUCUCCUCUCCUCCGGUGUGUUUUCCGACUCUUUUUUUACGGUGGGUCAGUGAUUAUCGUCGAUUCGUUCGGUGGCACCUGCACAGUCCGAUUGAUGGUUGAGAUAGGACGGCGCCGUGCGGUAGGUAGGGAGCCCGGUGCUGUCAGUCAUCCGCUGCUAAUCCGCACCUGUCUGGGUCCGAGAUGACCGGUCACGGGUAACGGUACCUCUGACAGACAACUGACAAACACCAGCCGGCCGUGGGUCGCUCAGGUGGAGCUGUGCCGUCCAAAAUACCUCUGACCGGCGACGGGUGGCGGCGUCUGGUCCUCGGCCACCGCCGCUGAUCCCGGCGGAUUGGGGUCGGCCGAUACGACCGUUCGUUUUCCGGUGGUUGGCCACAAUCUGGGAUUCUCAGAAAACAGGCCGGGAAGAUUCAGUUGUUUGCGGCGUCGGUGCAUUUAUCACCGCAGAGUGUUCGGUGGAUUUACGUCGGUUGUCUGACUCAGUAACCAAUUGUGCCAUGUGUCUAAUGUCUAAGCAUACUUGAGGAGCAUCGGUGUGCUUGUACUGACUUUUGAUGACGACAUUUCUGAGCGAUAUGAACGCAGCUUUAGGCGGGCAGUAUAGACAGGCGCAUACAGGGUGAAACAGUGAGAGUUUGUCUGUAUGUAAGUGGAUGGGAAGACGGCUGAGCACGUUUGUGGCCACCAGCGAGGCAGCGCCCUCGGCUGAGGUGGCCGGCAGCGCCGCUGGCCUGUCUGUGGGACGUUGCACUGUGAUGAUACCUAUAGCUGUAGUGGGGGCGAGUCAGGUGUCUGUGACUGUCCCGGACCCGUCGCGCGUGAUAUACAUAUACCUACCUACCGAUUGAGGAGCUGUAACUGUGUGUGUCGGUGGAUUGGAUCGCCCGCCAAUGACUGUAACGUGUAACCACGGACGGCUGAUACCGGAUCCGACGGCUCUGAAGGGCGGCGGUUGGUGCGGGCUAGUGUGGGCUGGUGAUUGCUGGUGCGGGCUGGUGCGCGGCACACGAGUGGACGCUUACUGGUGAUGAUCUGUGCCCAGUGGUGACCAGAUUCUGCGUCAGGAUAAGGUUACUGGAACACGAGUCUACUGGUCUAUGGUUGCUGGUCUAUUGACGGCACUCUUUGGGUACUGGACUCUGGUUACUGCUCUCUGGUCGCCGAUCUAUGGUCCGUACUGGUCGGUCACUGAGCUCUGUAUGUGGGGCUCUCGACGGGCUCGGUCCGCAAGUCUGUCAGCUGUGUAUUGGCGCUGACUCCUCGGGUCUGCUCUGUCUGCUGCUUCACCCUCCACACCGGUCCUGGACGCGCCGCUCGGUGAGACAAUCCGCCACGCUCGCUGCGCACCGUGCUGUCCUACCGACGGGUAUCUUCGGCCACACUCGUCGCGCUGCGCGCUGUCACAGCCACGGCAGCUGCUACUGCUCGCGGUGGACAGCGGUGCAAGCACCUACACACGGUGGGUGUUUGGACGGAGUAGCGCCUCUCGGGGUAUGUUGGCCUGCUGACAGCCGAGCUCGGGCUGUUUCAGUUAUCGAGCGUCACCCAUUCCUCUGCAGUUCCUCCGCAGCUCGGGUCGGGGAGAGCGGUCUGCCUCCUCUGUCGGCUCUGGCUGACCAUUCUGUUGGCUGGAGCAGCGCUGCAGGCUCCGAACAGGGCCGUUCCGCCAGCGAUUCCGUCCCAGGUCUCCCGGCCGGCCGCCGCCUCUCGCCCGGCCCGUCCCUCGCCGUGCAGGCGCGAACAGCAAGGUGACCUGACGAGCAGUCGGUCUUACAGCUUCAGCACUCCCCGCUCACACUUCAGAGGGGCGCGCCGGCGAGGUCAGGUCAGGUCAGCGGGUAUGGACGCGACGGCGAGACGCCAACUCACCACCGAGCGACAUUUGUUCAUGUUGUCUGCCGAUAUUGGAAACGCGCGGUCGCAAUUCUUCACUGAAAAUCGACAACAACGCGACCGCGGCGCUGUACGUAUCUGAGAGAGCUUUCCUUCGAACUAGCGUUCACUAGGUAGACUCGAGUUGGUCCGUCGGUCAGUCAGUCGGUCAGUCACACUAGAGCUAGGCUUUCUCUCAGUGUUGUCGUGCGUUACUCACUUUGCAGCGCGUGCCGAUUCGUGCGGGCACGUGCCGCCGCGUGCUGGCACGUGGAGCGGCUUCGUCGGUCGUCUGUGCCGCCCACCUCUGUCGGUGGCGUCUGUCGUCCA